UCCAAGAAGGAUAUGCUGCUUUUGGCUGUACUUCCACGCAGUUAAGCUGGAAAAGACUACCGUUGGGCAGUGGAAGGGGGACAAUUUCAUCACAAAACAAAAAGGCGGAGGCAAUGAAAAUGGCAUCCAUUGUUGUCUUAGCUCCAGUAAUGCUGGAAUUGGGAUUUCUCAGAGCACCGCCAGUCCCUAUUCCCCCAAUUACUCGCCCAAGAUGGGUUCCGUCGUUACAGUUUACCGCUUCUUCCUCACGAUCUCAUCUCUUAUUUUCAGCAGGCGGGUACAAUAAUGGAAGGUGGUUCUAUCCAGCAAUUGCCUGCACCAGAAAAACCCAACAGGAGGAAAGUUCGUCUAUUUCUGAGGGGGAGACUGGAAGUGCACCAUCUAGAAAUGACAUAAAUGAUGUAAAGAAAUCUCACAAUAUUUCUUCUGAUGGUAAUUCACAACGAGAGGCACAAAAACCUGAAAAUUAUGUCUCUUCUGUCAGAACUGUUGCUUUAUGUGUGUUCUCAGCAGUGGCAUUUGGUGUUGCUUUAGGAUUCAAAGAUGGAGUUGACAAGGCAUCUGAGUUUUUUGCUGGGUACUUACUGGAGCAAAGUUUGUCAGUUGACAAUCUGUUUGUCUUUGUUUUGAUCUUCAAGUACUUCAAAGUUCCGCUCAUGUAUCAGAAUCGGGUGCUGUCCUACGGUAUUGCUGGUGCUAUAUUCUUCAGAUUGUCGCUGAUACUUCUUGGAACAGCCACACUUCAGAGGUUCGAGGUGGUAAACCUACUGUUGGCUGCAAUACUAUUGUACUCCGCGUUCAAGCUGUUUGCAGAGGAAGAGGAAGAUAGUGAUCUAUCUGAUAAUUUCAUAGUGAAGACAUGCCAGAAAUUCAUCCCUGUAACUUCAAAUUAUGAUGGGAACCGAUUUCUGACAAUUCAGGAUGGCGCGUGGAAAGCUACUCCUUUGCUUCUGACCGUAGCUGUUAUUGAACUCAGUGAUAUUGCAUUCGCAGUCGAUUCAAUACCAGCAGUUUUUGGAGUAACAAGAGACCCUUUUAUAGUAUUCACAUCCAACCUUUUUGCCAUUCUAGGUUUAAGAUCAUUAUAUUCACUCAUUUCAGAAAGUAUGGCGGAAUUGGACUAUUUACAGCCUGCCAUUGGUGUUGUUUUGAGCUUUAUUGGAUUCAAGAUGAUCCUUGACUUCUUUGGUUACCAUGUAUCAACCGAGGUUUCGCUGGGCUUUGUUGCUACAUCGCUCAGUGCCGGAGUGUUGUUGAGUCUGCUGAAGAAGACUGAGUAGGGAGGGUGAAAAUAGAACAGCGAGAUAGCGUGAUUGCGUAGAUGUGUUGGUCGUGGGUUCUGCAGCCUUUCUUGUAGAUCAGAUGAACGCUGAAAAAUUUUGAUGCUGAUCAUACAUUUACAACACUAGUUCACAAUGAAAAAUGCAAAUCAUCUAUAAUUUGUUAAAGAAUGAGAUUUCGUGUAUAAAAAUAAAUUUGUUGGUGGAUUAAACUCCUUAAAUCAUUGGAUUUGUACUUGUAGUCAUCAUUAAAGUAAUGAAUUAUAUCUUUCUGUUUU